AUGUCAUCCACGCAGAAUAGUAGUUUACAGUUAGAUAGAGAGAUUGAAGCAGCAACAGCAGCAGCAGCUGGAACAGAAACAGAAACAGAAACAGAAACAGAAACAGGAACAACAAUAGCCACUACUGGCACAGCAAAGGAGGUUAAAGGCAAAGACGCAACCACCAAGGAAACUCCAACAGCUACAAUUAUAGAAGUUAAAGAACUGAAACAAGCUAAUUUGGAAACGGAAAAAGAGCACUUUUCUUCACAAACUCCUACUUCUGAACCAGCAUCUAAAGCAGACUCAACAAAUCAAACAUCAAAGGAAGAUGUCAAUCCCAAUUUGCAAUUGGCAAUCACCCUAUUCCAGGAUAAAUAUGCAACUGUUACCCCAGCAGAAGUCACACAUUUCAUUGCUGGUGGAGAUAACGAGGCUAAACAAAUUAGAACCUAUUACAUGAACCAAUUCAAAUGGUCUCAAAACUUGUUAACUGCAACGCGUCAACUCUGUGCUAAACUAUACUUGAAAGCCGAAUCCCAGGAACUAGACCGUAUAUUAUCAUCAUUUACUAAAUCGUAUUUGCAACAACAUCCCAAUAACGUAUUCCAAACAAAAAACUUUGAACAAAUAUACAUUAUAAUAUACUCUUUGAUCUUGCUCAACACAUCGCUUCAUAACCCACAAUUGAAUAAGAGAUCAAGAAUUAGUCAAACCGACUUUAUCAAAAACACAUUUACAACUUUUUCCCUGCAACAGAAUAACGAGUCACUCAAAGACAAGACUAAGAAAUUGGAUAUUAGACAGAAAAUUGCCAUUGAAAAUGAAUUGUCUUCCUUUUACGAAGACCUCUUGAAGGAGGAAUUGUACUUGAAAGGCGAAGAAGAAACAGGAAGUAACAAAAGACACUCUAACCUGAAACUGCAUAUUAAUUACAAUACCAGCAAUACCAGCAAUACCAAUACCAACAACAACAACACCAACAAUAUCAAUACCAACAACAAUUAUCUUAAUAACGAAGUUAAUGGUACACAUGAUAAAAAACUUGCAGAAACAACUACAACUACACAAUUGACUCAAGCCUCAACAGAUCAGCUUCCUGAAUUGUCAAGACAAACCACAAAUUCUUCCAUCUGGUCAACUGAUACAAACAGAAGAUCUUCGCUUGCAAUGAAAAGGUUAACCUCAACGACAUCCGAAGUAUCUCAAUUCACUGCAAAUGGACAAUCCUCGGCUCCCAACCAGCAUACACCACGUGUUGGAUUGGCAAGAGCAUUGAUUGGUCACAACCAAAGACACCAACACCAACACCAACACCAACACCAGCAGCGUAACAGGAUAUACUCAAACACUAAUGAAUCCAUGACUUCGCAAGUAACAAACCAGACUUCACAAACAAACCAGACAAACCAGACAAACCAGACAUUGCAAACUAGAUCAUCCUUUGACCAUUUAAGAUCAGUUAAUCGCAAAUCGUCUAGAGCGUCGAUUAUGUCGAGAGAGACAAAUGCAGAUGAUACUAUUAGCGUCUUGUCAUUUGACACAGCAAACUGGAAUAUCAGAGACCCACAGUAUGGUUCAGAUCAAGGGCAGGAUAUGGAAAACUUCAAUGUCAAUGACUAUCAGGAUGACUAUGACUUGACUUUGGAAUUGAAUGGGAGCCCUUAUUUGAAAGAAGGAUUACUUAAAUUAAAAGUUUUGAACAAUGAUGCUAAUGACGAGGCCAAUGCACCACCAAUCACUCCAAACCACAGAUUUCUUUCAUUCUUUAGUCGACAACCACAACAACAACGGACUAGCGUUGGAACUAGUACAAACCCAUUGAACCAAAAAUUUGUUGAGAAUUUCGUUGUUGUGUCCAAGGGAGAAUUAUCACUUUAUUCAUUUGAUCCCAAAGUGAUUAAAAAGCACAAAAAAGGAAUUGGUCAUGGCGGCGGCAACAACAACAACAACAACAACAACAACCAUGAUGAUGGUGUAGGUGAUGGAAAUUGGUUAAAGAAUGCUGCCAAAGUUGGAAACUAUAAUUUGUGCUCUACUUUUGCACAGCUUGAAAAAAGUAAUCAAGAUAAAAUAUUAUGGUCAUUGACAUUCCCUAAAGUGUUUGCCAAAAAGAACCCCAAAAAAUUUAUUUUUGAAGCAGGUACAAAUGAAAUUGCGUUAGAAUUUGUCAAUACAUGUAACUUUUGGGCGUCCAAAAUUACAGCCAUCCCCACAUUGGAGGAAAGUGUUAGCUCGAUAGAGUAUGGAUGGACAAAUUUGGACUAUAUAAUCUCGCAUCGUGAUAACUUUAAAAAGUUCAAGAAUAUUCAAAAAUGGGAACCUGUUGUUACCGGUGUUUACUUGUCCAAUUUUGUUGCAAAUGAUGAUAGUAAUAAUCAUUUGGGUAUGAUGAAACAAUUUGUCAAGACUACAAGUUAUUACAACCACCUCAAGAAAUUGUAUAAUGAAUUCACCAAGUUGAGGCAAAAGUUUGUUGAUAACUUGCCCAAGAGCUAUUAUGGCGGUCACAAUUAUACUCGAGUGUUGAACAAUUAUGACACAAAGAUUGAAACUUACAAAUACCAACUUCAAGUUUAUAGAAGCUAUAUCAUUAUCCUUGGUUUUGCUUUGCAAUUGCGAUUUGAUCUUCAAUCAGAAAAGAGGAAAGAGCAGGCGUAUAAUGCAAUUGACGACGAAAGCAUUGCACAGUCUUCCAUUUCAUCAACCGAAGAUGCAUUGGCUAAAGUUGUCAAACAAGAAAUUCAGAAAUUAUUUUUCAAUAUGAAGGAUAUUUCAAAAGUGAUCCCAACUUUCCAAUCAUCGAAAUCCAUCAAGAACCUAGCCGAGAUUGCGCAACAAAUGGAAAGUAAUAAAUUGGUCAAGAGUCCCAAGACAUAUACCCUUUCGAAUUAUAAAGAAAAUGAAAGUCCCAUUGCACAAUUGAUUGCAACUAGUAAUGGCACUAGUGCUAAUGCAAAUAACGGGAAUAGCUCGCCAAAAAAUAGUCCUCCAAGAAGACUGAUGAUGGAGUCUGUGAUUAAAGAAGAGCCCGAAGAUUUUGACGAUGAUGAUGACGAGGAAGGAAAGGAAGAAGAAGGAGGAAGAGGAGGAGAAGAAGAUUAUAAUGGCGAUGAUGCUGAUGGUAGUGAGAAUACUAAAAUAGGCGACGGAGAGCAAAGUAUUGGGAAGAUUAAAAAUUCACCACCCAGUUCAAUUAAGAAACCAAAUUUGAAUGUCAAGAUCCAACUGGAAGUUUCUGCUGUUGUCAUUUAA